CUUUAUCAAAUCACAUUUCAGUAUCUUACACAAACUGAUGUGAUUGACAACAUAUUAAGUUUUUAUUUUUUUUAAAUUGAGUAAGCAAUAGCGAUGCUCGUCGACACCAGUAGGGGGCGGUAAUGCGCAAACCGCGAAAAACAGAAAACUCGAGAAGAAGAAGAACCACCACGGUACUUCCUGUGAAGAUGGCGGCGACCAGAGGACUGUGGAGGACACGCAGCCUGUUGUCGCCCAGGACCCCGCUCCUGUUCCCCGCCGCCGCCGCCCGCCCGCAGAGCUCCGUGAGCGGGGACCCGGUGCCGCGGACCUCGCUGUCGCGGCCGCCGUGGCCGCAGCAGACGAGCGCGGUGCCGGCGGAGGAGGCGCGGCGCCGACACGCCGCCGUGGUGCUCGCCGUGAACGAGCGCAUCCAGCAGCGGGACUUCGGCCGCCUCUUCGCCGUGGUGCACUUCGCCGGGCGCCAGUGGAAGGUCACCGGCGAGGACCUGGUGCUGAUCGAGAGCCACGUGGAGGCGCAGUGCGGCGAGCGCAUCCGCAUGGAGAAGGUGCUGCUGGUCGGGGCGCAGGACUUCACCCUGGUGGGCAGGCCGCUGCUGGGCAGGGAGCUGGUCCGCGUCGAGGCCACCGUGCUGGAGAAGACCGAGUCCUGGCCCAAGGUCCACAUGCAAUUCUGGAAGAGACACCGGUUCCAGCGCAAGAAGAUCCUCGUCCAGCCGCAGACGGUGCUGAGGAUCAACAGCAUCGAGCUGGCGCCCGCGCUGACCUCAUGAAGAUGAAGAUGAUGAAGACUGGCUUCAUUUGUUCUGACUGGUUGUAAAUAUGUAAACACACGCGUCAGUGAGUCUGUUCAUCAGGACGAACAAGUGUUGGAUUUCACACCUGUAAAUAAAACAUUGUUCUGCACA